AUGAGCAAUAACGAACGUUCUUCUACUCCAGCCCCACAGGAAUACGACGACUUGAGAGUCGUGGGCUACGACCCGUUAAUUCCUCCUGAAUUGCUUACCCAGGAGCUCCCACUUACAAAAGACGCAGCUUUUACUGUGAUAAGGGGAAGAAAGGAAGCAUCGAAUAUCAUCAACGGAAAAGAUGACCGUCUGCUUAUAAUUGUCGGACCAUGUUCCUUACACGACCCUAAGGCAGCUUUGGACUACGCUCACAGAUUAAGAGCAUUGGCAGAGGAGCUCAAAGGAGAGCUUUGUGUGAUCAUGAGAGCAUAUCUAGAAAAGCCAAGGACAACUGUUGGCUGGAAGGGUCUUAUUAACGAUCCAGACUUAGACGGAACUUUCAAGAUCAACAAGGGUUUGAAGAUCUCCAGAAAGCUGUUCAUUGACCUUAACAGUCUUGGUCUUCCUAUUGGUAGUGAGAUGCUUGACACAACCUCUCCUCAGUACUUGAGCGAUUGCUUGUCGUUCGGAGCUAUUGGUGCCAGAACAACUGAAUCUCAGCUUCACAGAGAGCUUGCCUCUGGUCUCUCCUUCCCUAUUGGUUUCAAAAACGGAACUGAUGGUACUUUGAGUGUUGCUAUUGAUGCUGUUAAGGCUGCUUCCUUCCCACACCACUUCAUGGGUGUGACGAAAACGGGUCUCGCUGCAAUUACGACAACCACUGGUAACCAGGACUGCUUUGUGAUUCUCAGAGGAGGAAAGCACGGCCCUAACUACGAUGCAAAGUCUGUUGCAGUGGCCAAAUCAAGUCUUCCAGAAGGAAAAGUUCUGAUGAUCGACUGCUCUCAUGGUAACUCGCAGAAGAACCACAGAAACCAGCCAAUAGUUUGCAAGGAGGUUGCAAGACAGGUUUCUGGUGGUGAGAAGAAGGUGAUUGGUGUGAUGAUUGAGUCUAACAUUAACGAGGGUAACCAGUCAAUCCCAGAGGACAAGUCCAAGCUGAAAUACGGUGUGUCUAUCACAGACGCCUGUGUGUCAUGGGAGACCACUGUUAGCAUGUUGAAGGAGCUAGCUGAUGCUGUCAAGGCAAGAAGAGCCAAGAAUUGA